UAACGUCGCAUAUUUAUUUCCUUAUUCUAGUGCAAUUUAAAAAAAAUCAGAAAACAAAAUGAAAUGUGUAGAGAAUACAAAUAUAUCUGAGUAUGAAUGUGAUUGGAUACGAACCAUCCCUAGUUUUGGUGUUCUUGCAAUGUACGGAAUUGUGAUUCCACUGUUUGCCGUAUUCGGUUGCAUGGCAAAUGCUUUGAAUGCAAUUGUUUUCAUGCGACCAAAGAUGACUGCCUCGGCAUUCACCUAUCUUUCGAUAUUGUCCUGGGUUGAUAGUUUGUGUUGCAUUAUAAUUUUGUGCACCUGCAUAUCUCGAACAAUUGGUUUGAAUUCAUUUUUUUGGAUAUAUUUUGAUCUUCAAUUGCAGUCUCCAUUAUUUGGCACUUUGAGUGGAGCUGCAAAUUUGAUUUUAGCUGCGGUAACAAUUGAUCGUAUUGUUUAUUUGUGUCAUCGAUUGCCACAAACUCAACCGAAAUUCUGUACUCGUUCGGUGGCAAGGCGAAACGUUUGUGGUAUAAUUUUGAUAUCAACACUCUUGAAUGGACCCUAUUAUUUUAUGUUUAAAAUUCAAAAUGAUGGAAGUUUUUAUGCAACAAAUUUUUAUAAAUCCAGAAUUUACAAAAUUCACAAUUGGUUUUCGUUUACUGUGCUUUGCAUCAUUCCUGGAGUAUUUCUUUUAAUUGGAAAUAUUGCUGUUAUCGUAAUAUUUCGAAGAUGGGUGAAAAAAUGCAAAUCUAUGUCAAGUCGAGACAAAAAUAAUAAUCCAAAAAUACGCAAUCGACAGGAGUAUCAACUGAAGCUCACAAUAACCAUCAUAAUUGUCGUUUUCCUAUACAUAUUUGGUGAACUACCAAGUCAUAUAACAUCAAGACGAAAUGCUGUGAAUUUAAUAUUCGGUGGUGAUGUGUCAAAAAUUAAUUUCGCAAAAGUUGAAAAAUUCGAAAGUUUCUUCCUAACAUUAAAUGUGAUUCAACUAAGUUUUAAUAUCAUAGUUUAUGCUGUGAUUAAUCCAUCAUUUAUGGAAGAAUUUUUCGUUUUUCUACGACAAGUUUCAAAUGCUAUUUCUUCGAUAUUCAGAGGCACUGUUUUUCGAAACUGUUGUGGUGGGAAAAAAGAAAACUUGUGUCAGAUUGAUGAAAAUUUCCUUGAAAAUUCGGAUUAUAAUUCGUAUUGUAAUGAAAUAUUCACAAUUGAAGAUGAACGAAAUAAUAAUUCAAAAAGAUUGACAAUGAAAAUAAUGGAUACGAAAACGAUCAAUAAAACAACAUCAUCUUGCCUUGAUUUGAGAUUACUUGGACUUCGAUCUCAACCAGAAGAGUGGUUCGGAUGUGGAAGGAUUCUUCAAAGGCAUUCGAUGUCUUAUUGAGUUUGUUUUUGUUUUAACGAUUUGAUUUGAAAUAAAGAAAUUUAAAAUUGCACAUUUAUUGUAUGAUCUUCUUUUUUAAUUUUAGAUAAAGAUUAAAAACUUCAGAGAUGAUUUCAAGAUGAAGUGAAAAUGAAAAAUGCCAGUUUUUUUUAAAAGAGAAAUAGAGUUUAUAUUUUCCAAUUUAUAUAUAUAAUAGAUAUAUAAUGUAUUAUAUAUAAUUAAAUAGAUUUCCUAAUAUAUAGUACGGUGUCGUUUUAAAAAUAACAAAACUAAAUAAAUGUUAACAAUGUUUUGUUUUUUGUUUUGCUUUGACUUAAAAAGUAAAUAUUAAAUAUUUUUUCAUUUUUUGUUGUUGCUAAAGAUUAAAUGAUGUUUUUUUUUUUAUUAAGAGUACUUGUUCUGGCUUUUAAAAUUUUAAUUUUUUUGUUUACUCUCGCAUCAUUAAAUUUAUAUUUUUUAUUUAAUAAAAUAUUAAAUCACUUAAAUGUUUUUAUUUUUGUUUGUAUUAUUUCUGUUAAGACUACAUCGAUUAAUUCAAAGAGAUAAUGUAAUCGAAAAAA